CCCACAGACCGGGACAAACCGGGACAGAGCGGGACUACAGAGACCGGGACAGAGCGGGACUACAGAGACCGGGACAGACGCCCACAGACCGGGACAGAUCGGGACUACAGAGACCGGGACAGAGCGGGGCCGAGCGGGACUAUAGCAGUCAGGAGCGUGCGGAGAGGCGCGUGUCGGCAGCGCUCUGCCUGCUGCGGGUUCCACCAUGCUGAGAGACAUCCAGACAGAAGAGAGAGACAGGACCGAACUCAGGAGAGGCGGGGCCUGCGUGUGUGAGGGCUGCACGCGGAUCAUCUCAGACCGCUUCCUGAUGCGGGUCAGCGGCGCGUCCUGGCACGAGGGGUGUCUGCAGUGCGCUGCGUGCCAGCGGCCGCUCACCGCCACCUGCUUCAUCAGAGACAGCACCGUGUACUGCCGGGCCCACUACCAGCAGUUGUUUGCCACCAAGUGCAGCGGCUGUCUGGAGAAGAUAGCAGCCACAGAGUUGGUAAUGCGAGCUCUGGAGAGUGUUUACCAUCUCAGCUGCUUCUGCUGCUGCAUCUGUGAGCGCCAGCUGUGCAAAGGAGACCAGUUUGUUCUGAAAGAAGGUCAGCUGCUGUGCAGGAGCGACUAUGAGAGGGAGCUGCUCAGCACCGUCAGUCCAGACAGCUCAGACUCAGAUAAGAGUGAGGAUGAGGAUCUGGAUGUGAAGUCAGAGAAGUGCCCUGCAGCGGGGAACGCCAGCAAGGACAGCAAAGACCCUCGUCGGCCCAAACGGCCACGCACCAUCCUCACCACCCAGCAGAGGAGAGCCUUCAAGGCCUCCUUCGAGGUCUCCUCCAAACCGUGCAGAAAGGUGAGAGAGACGCUGGCUGCAGAGACUGGACUCAGUGUACGCGUGGUCCAGGUCUGGUUCCAGAAUCAGAGGGCAAAGAUGAAGAAGUUAGCCCGCAGACAACAGCAGCAGCAGGAACAACACAACAGCCAGAGGCUAGGCCAAGAGGUGGUAUCAGGGUGUAUGGAGGGCCUGCUCAGCUCCUUCUCUGGGCAUCUGCCCCCCAGCCAGCAGCAGCAGCUGACCAUGGAACACAGCGGCUAUAACACUGAGGCCUUCCAGCAGGGCCUCACGCCACCACAGAUGCCUGGUGACCACAUGAACCCCUACGGCUCUGGCUCCAUCUUCCAUGACAUUGACAGUGACACCUCUCUGACCAGUCUAAGUGACUGCUUCAUGGCCACUCCAGAUGUGGGCUCCUUGCAGGCUUGGGCUGGGAACCCCAUUGACCGCCUCUACUCUAUGCAGAGCUCCUACUUUGCCUCUUGAGACGUGACCAUUACUGUUGGCACCACACCACAUCCUGGCUGAUGAACAGUGCUACACACUAGACACACAGGCUACAGAAUGGUCCUGCAAGACAUGAAUCAGCAAGCAGGGAAAAGUGACUGCGGGGCAGAAUCCACCAAAUAUACCUGACUGACCUCCCCCAGCCAAAGGAAAGGGAAAAAACUUCAAACUGAAAUUCCACAUGCCACCCGUUGUCUGCACAGGGGUUGGAAACAGUGCAUUUGGCUUUUCCGCUGGUUCGUUUAUGUUGGAGAGAUAGCUGUCAAUAUUUGUACAGAUAUCAUAUUCCUAGUAUUUAGUAGUGGUAUGAAAAAGUUGGACUAAAGUUCAUGUCAGAGAUUUGGUGACAGUGUCACAGAAACAUUAGACUACAUGUUUCUCAGCAUGUAACACAGUUUAAUAGGGGCAUUAGAAUGUUGUAAGUUGUAUUUAAUGGGAUAAUUAAGCAAUAGGAUUGGUAAUGUAAUUUUGGUAAACUACCAGAAAAGUCUGUGAGCCAACUAAUUGUUACCUGUUGCUGAAUGUCUGUUCUAAAUGUAAUUACUGUUCUUCAGAAACAUCCAGUUUUGCAUUUUAGGAUGGACAGCUAUGUGUUUAUUUCUGACCAACGUUCUGGUACACAAUAAAUCAAAAAAUUCUAUUUAAAAAGACAAUAUGAUCCCAUUGUAAAUUACAAAAAACAAACAUCCUUAUUCAUUACAGUAAUUAUUUGAUUCUGCUAUUUAUCAUGGUGUUUGUGUUGUUUAAGGAGUGUGUAAAUCAGUAUUGCUUUGCUAUUUAUUUUUCCAUUCAGAUCAUCUGGACAUUAUCAAGA